CAAUAUUCAAAAUGCAAAGCCCCUAAUAAAUAUUUGUUAUCUGUAUUCGUGUCACUCCGCGUUAUGUAUAAAUAUACGUUCUGUGUCACAUACGUCGACUCGGCGCAGGAGUUUGUUUGUCUUCGUGUUAACGAAUAACAAGGGCACAGUACAAUUUCUGCAGAUCAAAGUCUAACUAAAAAUAAUUCUAAAAAUUUAUUAAAUUUUAGUGCCACUACUUUGAAAGAACAACCUUGCAAUGAAUCCCAUAACUCAAGUGAUACGUGCCACCAGGCCGAUUUACAGAAAGCUGUCGACAACAGCACCGGUCGCAGCUGCCAAGCCUAUGCCUACAACUGGAAUGUGCUUUGAGCUGAGCGAGGAGCAGAAGGCCUUACAAGAUUUAGCUCGCAAGUUCACCAGAGAAGAAAUCGUGCCAGUAGCUGCCCAGUACGACAAGACUGGGGAGUACCCAUGGCCCAUCGUGAAGAAGGCAUGGGAAAUCGGUCUAAUGAACGGACACAUCCCGGAACACUGCGGAGGUAUGGGACUAGGAGCUAUCGACAGUUGUCUUAUAGCCGAGGAGCUGGCGUUCGGCUGCGCUGGCAUCAAAGCCGCCAUUGCUACCAGUUCUAUAGGUGCCGCAACAGGCGAAGGUGGAAUGAAUAUGGAUGUGUUUGAUGGGUGUAUGGUAGCCGAAGAGCUGGCGUUCGGAUGUACUGGCAUUAUGACAGCAAUGGAAGCCAGUGGUCUUGGACAAAUGCCUGUUAUUAUCGCGGGUAACAAGGAACAACAGAAGAAAUACCUGGGCAGACUCGUCGAGGAACCCAUUGUGGCUGCGUAUUGUGUCACCGAACCGGGCGCAGGAUCUGAUGUGGCCGGUGUCAAAACCAGGGCCGAGAAGAAAGGAGACGAAUGGAUCAUCAAUGGACAGAAAAUGUGGAUCACUAACGGAGGGGUAGCCAACUGGUAUUUCGUGCUAGCACGAACCAACCCCGACCCCAAGUGCCCUGCUAGCAAGGCGUUCACCGGAUUCAUCGUGGAGAGGGAUUGGCCCGGAGUCACCCCCGGACGCAAGGAACAAAACAUGGGUCAGCGUGCUUCGGACACCCGUGGCAUCACGUUUGAAGACGUUCGCGUACCCAAGGAAAACGUUCUCAUUGAGGAAGGCGCUGGCUUCAAGAUUGCCAUGGGAGCUUUCGACAAGACUCGCCCACCGGUAGCAGCUGGUGCGACAGGUUUGGCCCAGCGAGCUCUGACUGAGGCCACGAAAUAUGCGUUGGAGCGCAAGACAUUCGGCGUGCCCAUUGCCCGGCACCAGGCCGUCGCCUUCAUGUUGGCUGAUAUGGCCAUCGGUGUGGAGACCGCGCGUCUGGCCUGGAUGAAGGCCGCUUGGAUGGCCGACCAUGGUGUGAGGAACACAGUGCUCGCUUCGGUGGCAAAAUGCCACGCUUCCGAGAUCGCCAAUAAGGCCGCCGCUGACGCUGUCCAAAUCUUUGGAGGCAACGGUUUCAACACCGAGUACCCUGUAGAAAAGCUGAUGAGGGACGCCAAGAUUUACCAGAUCUACGAAGGCACGUCACAAAUCCAGAGGCUCAUCAUCUCCAGGGAGAUCAUUACAAACGCCAUGCAGUCCAACUAAAUUAAUGCGUUAACGUUAUGUCGCGUAUAAAGGAUUUCCAUUAUGUUUUCUAUUUUUAAGUUAUGUAAUCAAUCGAUAUUAUUUCAAUAAAUUCAUAUUUAUUCUACGUAAAAGCAUGUGAAUUGUACAAUUGUGAUUGCAGAAACAAGAAACUGUUUUAUAUUUAUUUAUUACCUAUACACAAAAAGAGGUUUUGAUAUUAUAAUUUUUGAAAUUUGUAAAUGGAAUCAUAGUCAAGUACAUAACUCAAGUGAUUGUUUACAAAAUCAACAAAAUCAAAGUAGUAAAUAAAGUGUGAAUGUUUGUAAAUUGUAAAACAGAAAAGGAACUGUUCUCAAUGAAAGACUAUACAUAUAAUAAAUAUAUAGAUUCUCCAAAAAUUCAUAAAA